GGCGGCCAAACAUGAUAGAAGGUCAUUUUCCUGUUACGUUUUCCUACGUCAGCUUUAACCAGUGCGCAUGCUUACUACGCAUGUAUACUUCCGCGUAACUGCUUGAAGCCGCACAGAUGCACUGUUCUUAACAUAGCACAUAUUUCUUACAUUCCUCGCUUAUUCAUGCUCAGGUUUCUGUAUACAAUCUUCUUUUGCGCUACGUAUGUAUUAUCCAGCGUCAAACAUGCCGCUGCCCAAGAAAUUACGGAGGAGGAAAUGGCAAAGUACAGGGAACGAAUAAAGGCUAUGUUUUACCAUGCUUACAACAAUUACCUGGAUAAUGCCUAUCCUUAUGAUGAGCUGCGGCCACUUACCUGUGAUGGUCAGGAUACCUGGGGCAGCUUUUCCCUGACACUGAUUGAUGCCUUGGAUACACUACUGAUAUUGGGGAAUCACACAGAAUUUCAGCGUGUGGCAAAUCUCCUGCAGGACACUGUGGACUUUGACAUCGAUGUCAAUGCAUCUGUGUUUGAAACCAACAUCAGAGUGGUUGGUGGUCUGCUGUCGGCCCACCUGCUGUCCAAGCAGGCCGGGGUGGAUGUGGAGGAGGGCUGGCCCUGCUCUGGUCCUCUGCUCCGCAUGGCCGAGGACGCCGCACGCAAACUGCUCCCAGCCUUCCAGACCCCUACAGGCAUGCCCUAUGGCACGGUGAACCUGCUGAAGGGUGUCAACCCAACAGAGACCCCGGUCACCUGCACGGCGGGGGUGGGCACCUUUGUGCUGGAGUUUGCCACUCUCAGCCGUCUGACGGGUGACCCAGUGUUUGAGGAGGUGGCAUGGAAGGCCCUGAGAGCUCUCUGGAGGACCCGCUCUGAUAUCGGACUGGUGGGGAACCACAUUGACAUCGUGACCUCUAAGUGGGUGGCUCAAGACGCUGGCAUUGGAGCGGGCAUCGACUCGUACUUCGAAUACCUGGUGAAGGGCGCCAUCAUGCUGCAGGAUGAGGAAUUGCUCUCAAUGUUCCAUGAGUAUGACAUUGCCGUGAAGAACUACACCAAGUUUGAUGACUGGUAUCUGUGGGUACAGAUGCACAAAGGGACCGUCUCCAUGCCUGUGUUCCAGUCCCUAGAGGCUUUCUGGCCCGGUCUGCAGAGCCUGAUGGGUGACUUGGACAAUGCAGUCAGGACCUUCCACAACUACUACACGGUGUGGCGUCAGUUUGGAGGCCUGCCUGAGUUCUACAGUAUCUAUCAGGGCUACACUGUGGACAAGAGAGAGGGAUACCCCCUCAGACCAGAGUUGAUUGAGAGUGCCAUGUAUUUGUACAAGGCUACUGGGGACCCCAUCUUCCAGCAGCUUGGGCGAGACGCUGUUGAGUCCAUUGAGAAGAUCAGUCGAGUGAAGUGCGGCUUUGCCAGCGUGAAGGACGUGAGGGAUCACAAACUGGACAACCGCAUGGAGUCCUUCUUCCUGGCCGAGACCAUCAAGUACCUCUACCUGCUGUUCGACCCGGACAACUUCCUGCACAACAACGGCUCGUCAUUUGAGCUGGGCGGGUCGGACGGGGACUGCGUGCUGUCGGCCGGGGGCUACAUCUUCAACACGGAGGCCCACCCUCUAGACCCGGCGGCCCUGCACUGCUGCAGCCGGGCCCAGGAGGAGCGGUACGAGCUCCAGGACAUCCUGCUCAGCCUGUCCGAGGCCCCUGACUCCUUUAACCAGCCGGAGGAGGAUGAGGACGAGGAGGAGCGGGGCAGGGAGCCGGUUCUGCUUCACGGGUUGAAAGAGGUCAAAGGCGCUGUGGCUAUGGACAUUGAUAUGGACACGAGCAGAGAUUUGCGGGCGACGGAGAGCAUUGCGCUCAAGCCGGGGAGUCGGCGGAAGCCCCGGGUGCUCUCUUGCCCCAUGCAGCCCUUCAGUUCCAAGCUGUCCCUCAUGGGGCAGGUGUUCACAGACAAUACAUGAUAAAAAAAAGAUGGGGAAAAUAGGAGUGCGGGGGGUGGGUCUGUUUGUCAUAGUGAGUUUUGAUUGCAAGUUGAAGGAAAGUCAUUUUUACAAAAAAAAUAAAACAAAUAUUUAUUUGA